GGAAAUGUCACUCGAACAAACUUCCAGCCGCGGACCGACUUUCGCUUGCGGACAGAGAGCGGCCAGGAGUAUGAGGCCAGCGGAGAAGCCAACAGUUACAGCAAGUUUGUCGCCUUCUACUCCGUGGACGCUGACCUGGCAGAGUCUGGCUUUGCCGCCAGCACAACAGUCCUGGAUUUUGAAACUGCUUCACAGAAUAGCCAGAUCGUGAUUGUCUCUCAGGAGGACAUCAACGCUUGUUUCAUUAUCGACAUCAACUCGUGUGGGUGGGACUUUCAGUUCGCUUCGUCGCUGUUGUUUAACAUGCUGCUUGACGUCGUGGUUACGGUGCCGACUGCCCGUCCUCUGACUUACACCGUGGACAGAGUGUUGAGUCUCUACGAUUUUCCUAAAGACAAAAGCAACAUUGGCCUCUUCUGUCAGUCGGCGGAUCGAAUCUACAGCCUCGUUCCAUCCCCAG